AGAGCUGGCUCUGAAGAUAUUUACCCUCGCUUGAUUAAAGCGGGCGCCAAAUGUUCGUGGUGUGGAUUUGUUCGGCUCUGUUCUUGGCUCAAAUCGGACGGGAUUAAACGAUAAAGAAACUUGCCGGUGUGAAUGCGGGCGCCUUUCACGGUGCGGUUGGACUUUGGGUGCGAGGCGGGACGUAGGGGCGGUGUUUCUGGUGGAGCGCCGGUUCACACGCCCAGCAUCCACGCUGGAACAGCCCAGAUUCUCUCUCAGCUCCCUGCACUGGUUGGCUUGACGGCUCCUUGACGUCAGGGUCUGGGAGCUUUGUAAAGGUUGAGUGAAAUACGCUUCAGAGAGUUCGCCCUGGGUGUUUGGGGGCACUCCGUGCACGGACACGCUCCUCGCAGCCGAGACACGGAAUAGAUACGGGCUCGGAGUUCACUGCUUCCACAGAGUUGGUUCUUCCGACCGAGUUUGAUUCAUUCGACCAAGAUGAUCAUUCUCGCCGCCGAUGGGACCGUGAAAAGGCGGCAGCGAGAGAUAAGUUGGCUCUAAGUUAGGGGUCGAUCGGUGAGACCCGACCGCAACUUUGGCCAGCAUCAAGCCCGCGCGUUUGGGGAUGAAUAUGUGAUCGCGAUGGAGCCUUGCGGUCAGUCCGACACGAACCGAUCCGAAGAGGCAAAUGGGACGGGGUCUCAGAGGUUGUCUCCUUACUACGCGCCGGCCGCCACCGCCCUGAUCAGCCUGAUGGUCACCUUCAUCAUUCUGCUCACCAUCGUGGGCAACAUCCUGGUGGUGGUGGCCGUCUUCACCAGCAGGGCUCUGCGGCCGCCUCAGAACCUUUUCCUGGUGUCCCUGGCCUCGGCUGAUAUCCUGGUGGCCGCCCUGGUCAUCCCCUUCUCCCUCGCCAACGAGGUGAUGGGCUAUUGGUACUUUGGGAGUGUUUGGUGCGGUAUCUACCUAGCCCUCGACGUGCUCUUUUGUACCUCUUCAAUUGUUCACCUGUGUGCUAUCAGUUUGGACCGAUACUGGUCGGUGACCCGCGCGGUAGAAUACAACUUGAAAAGGACACCCAGACGAAUUAAGUGCAUGAUCGCCAUAGUGUGGCUAAUAUCAGCAAUUAUUUCUUUCCCGCCUUUGGUUACCAUUGACACUAAUCGCAGCAGACAGGGAUGCUGCGAACUCAAUGAUGAUACCUGGUACAUCCUAUCGUCUUGCAUUGUGUCUUUCUUUGCCCCGUGUGUCAUCAUGCUCUUGGUCUACUUCCGAAUCUACAGGGUGGCCAAACAGAGGACGUCCGUGGUGUCGGUGGCUAAGAACGGCGUGGACAGGCGAGCUUCCCAAACGGAGACGUGUUUCGCGGCCAAGAGUAAGGUUGAGCCGGACAGUCCCAGCAGCCAGAGUUCGUGCAGCAACCAGAGGCAGGAGGAGCUGGAGGAUAUCGACUUGGAAGAGAGCUUCUCCUCCGAGACCAAGGCGAGGAACUCGCGGGGGUCCAACCCAAGGAAACUGCAAGCUCCCAGCUGUUGCCCCGCGGCGCAGCAUAACCGCUUGUCUUGGGCCAGCAACCGCGCAUCGCAGCUCUUCGAGCAACGAAAGCGGCCCGUUUCCAACCUGACCAAGAGCAAAGUAGCCCAGCUGCGGGAAAAGCGCUUCACCUUCGUGCUCGCCGUGGUGAUCGGGGUCUUUGUGGUGUGCUGGUUUCCGUUUUUCUUCACCUACAGCCUGAAGGCGAUCUGCAGAGAAAGCUGCUCCAUCCCCGACCAGCUCUUCAACGUUUUCUUCUGGAUCGGUUACUGCAACAGUUCUCUGAACCCAAUCAUCUACACAAUCUUCAACAGGGACUUCAGGAAGGCCUUCAAGAAAAUCAUUUGUAAAACGAACAAGCGUACUUUGUAAACUGUAUGUACAUCGGGUGUCUUGUCUCCACGUGUGCGUUCAUUCUUGUGUGAUAUCUUUAAACGUGAAAUAUUUAAACGUUUAAAGCCAAUGUAAAGAAAAAUAAAAGCCAUCAACA